UGUGUUCGAGGGGGCGGGAGGGUGGCUAAGUAAAAAGGAGAGGGACGACGCCGGUCCGCUCGUGCCCCCAAAAGCCCAUCUGGAAAGCGAGCGUGUGCGUCUUGCCCGCAUAAAUGCCUGGUCCAGAGCGGCGGCGGGACGACAGGAGAGAGAAGACGCGCUCGCGGAGCCGCGCUGCACGAACGGAUUAUUUUUUGCUGGUUCUUUUGGCGGGGUUAGAGCGCGACCCCAGGAUUCUUCCUUUUAACACCUUCGACCGACACGCAAGAGGGAACCGGCUGGUGACGGCACAUUAACGGAUCAGGACUUUGAACUGGCAGGACAAAUGAAUACAAAUGAAUUUAGCGACCCGAAGGAGAGACCGCGGUACCACUCUACUCCACGCAAAGAGAGCUCUACUCCUGUGUACUCUUCUGUGUUGCACUUGUUCUUCAGGACUCACACAAGCGCUGUCUGAAGAUGUGGAUGUGUUGCAGCGGCUGGCUCUUCGCCUUGAGCAGGGUUCUCGCUCUGUCCCGUUUGGUGUCAUCCCACUUCGUUCCAGCAUUAUCCUCACAGCACGGGCGCGUGUCACUGCUGCCACACGCUCCAUAUUCCCACAGCCUUUCUCCUGGAACAGCACACUCUUGUUAAGCAUUCGCUCACAUCGUGCCAACUCUGCCUUCCUUUUCUCUGUUUUCUCCGGCUCACGCCUCCAGUUAGGCUUGCAGGUGUCUCCAGAUGACAUUAAACUCCAUGCUGGGCCUGACAACUCAGUUCGCUUUCCAUAUCACCUUCACGAUGGCCGCUGGCACCACCUGGCCCUUGUGCUUGCUGGCCAGACAGCCACUCUACUGCCUGCUUGUGACAAUAGUAGCAGUGGAACACCUCAAGAAUUUCCUUUACUCCCACCAUUUCACCUGGAUCCCCGCAGCACCUUCCGACUGGGCGGAAGCAGUGCCCUCCUACCUGGCAUUGAACCCUUUGAGGGUGCAGUGUGCCAGUUCGAUGUGGUACCCACAGGACAGGUUAACUACUGUAAGGCUAUUCGAAAGCAAUGCAGAGAAAAUAACACCCAUCGGUCAGCAGCACCCUCUCCCCUUCUGCCUUUACCCUCCACAAUAGUGCAGUCAUCCAUAUCUAAUCAUACUCUUGCAGUCAUACCCACUUUAAUUCCUUUGACACCCUUGAAUGGUUCUGUUACACUUAGAGUCAGAGCCAACCAUAAUUCUGCAGGGUCUCGAGCCACAGCAACUCCUCAGAUUCCCCCAACUCAGAUAGGACUUGAACUGCCAACAAGCUUGAAUGCUGUCACACCUCCACCAACUUUCAGGGCAAACAAAGUACUGCCCCAAAAAAGCCCCAAACCUACAGCCUCCAAGCCCAUGUUGGGAAAAUCCAUCUCUGCCACCAAACUGCCAGGGGUCAGGCACACUACAGCAAAAGCUCAAGCUAAAACUGCUACUGUGAAAACGUUACACGUGUCUGCAAGUCCAAAACCAUCUGUUUCACAUCCUAUUAAUGUAUCAAAACCCAAUAAUUCGAAACACACAAGCAUAUCGAAAGCCCUCAGCUCAAAACCCACCGGCGCAUCAAAACUUAACAUCUCAAAACCCACUCGUAUGUCAAAACCUUUUAACUCAAAACCCAAGAGUGUAUCAAAACCUGCUAGCAUAAAACCAACAACCAUAUCAAAACCCACCAAUUCAAAACAUAUAGCCUCCAAUCCAUCAAUAGUGAAGCCGUCCAAACCCACAAUUUCAAAAUCUAUAGCCACCAAACCCACAAAUCCAAAAGUGUCUCUUCCUAAUCUCUCCCCAUCUAAACUUCCAUUACAAACAACUAAGAAAAAUAUCACAGCAAUCCACUCAAAAUCUCCAGUAACCCCUACUGUCAGUUCCACUAAUCGCCAAUUGAACUUAGCAGUAUCUGUAACUAACAAGGUUUUAACUACUCCCAAGAAUUUAAGCCCCUCGCCAGCUAAAAAGGUCCCAAGCAGCACUCAACCGACACCCAGACACAUGUCCCCCAUGCCCAGGACCACACCUGUUACUCCUGUUGUUUCAAAGAUGCCUCAAAACACUCUGGUCAAACCUACCAAAAGCUCAGUGCUACAUCUUACCACAUUGGCCCCAGUGCCUGGGACAGUUCUGCCUGCUGAUGGACUUCAGGGCUGGGAUUUGGAUCUAGGAUUGUUUGCUGCUCCGAUUGGAUUGCCAGGGCAAAAGGGAGAAGUUGGGCCUGUGGGAAUUCAGGGACCACCAGGAAAACCAGGAGCACCAGGCAAAAGGGGGCCACAGGGAUCACCUGGACCUCAUGGUAAUCCAGGAAGGCCAGGUCCCCCAGGCUUAAAAGGGAUGAAGGGUGACCCUGGACGCUCACCUGGAAUCGCCCCGAAAGGAGAGAAAGGAGAUGCUGGGAUUAUUGGUCCUGUUGGUUUACCUGGUGUAGAGGGUCAAAAGGGACAAAAAGGCCACCCUGGACCACCUGGUCUCCCAGGGGAAUUGGGGGAGCAAGGUCCUGAUGGAAGUGCUGGUGCCAAAGGUUAUCCUGGCAGGCAGGGGCUUCCAGGUCCCAUAGGGCCUCACGGGCCAAAGGGCGCUCGGGGUUUUAUUGGAAUCCCUGGCCUUUUUGGGUUACCAGGACCUGAUGGUGAAAGAGGUAGUCCUGGUCCUCCAGGGAAGAGGGGCAAGAUGGGUACGCCGGGUUUUCCAGGUGAUUUUGGUGAAAGGGGACCCCCAGGAGCUGACGGAGAGCCUGGUGUUAUCGGUGCCACCGGCCCUCCAGGAGUACUUGGAUUGAUUGGUGACAUGGGCCCAGCUGGUGUAGUUGGUUUACCAGGACUGAUUGGACUAAAGGGCGUUGCUGGAAACAUGGGCGAGCCCGGACUGAAAGGUGAUAAGGGUGAAAUUGGGAUCCCUGGGCAGCAAGGGGUGACUGGGUUCCAGGGAGACAAGGGAAUUCAGGGUAUAUCUGGGUUGCCAGGUCCUCGUGGAAAACCGGGACCUCAGGGUAAGCAAGGAGAGAAAGGGCCUGAUGGCGUCCCUGGUCCACCUGGUCCUGAGGGUUUCCCUGGUGAUAUUGGACCACCUGGACAAAAUGGGCCUGAGGGACCAAAGGGUGCACCUGGAGUGAGGGGGUUACCGGGACCUCGCGGAGCUGCAGGACGAGAGGGAGAUGAGGGCCCACUUGGACUACCUGGACCAACAGGACUGGAGGGUCUUAUGGGGAAAGCCGGUUUUCCUGGCAAGGUCGGUCCUGAAGGAGCUAAGGGGGAACAAGGAGACACAGGAAAGGCUGGUCCAAUGGGAGAGAGAGGUUUGGUUGGCUUUGUAGGACCAGUAGGGGAACCUGGACUGGCGGGAGAAAAGGGCGAUCGAGGAGAGACAGGAUUGCCAGGACCACCAGGCGAAAAAGGAUCUACUGGUCAUCCAGGGACUCCUGGAGAAGCUGGACCUCCUGGACCACCAGGUUCACCAGGUGCUCGUGGAUCACCAGGGCCUGCUGGCACCCGAGGGACUAAGGGAAGACGGGGCCCACGAGGGCCAGAUGGUCAGAUUGGCGAGGCUGGCAUUGAGGGCAAAAAGGGUCCUGUUGGUCCCCCUGGAAAAGUCGGGUUUCCUGGAGAGCAGGGAAAGAUUGGCGAGCCGGGGGAGACAGGGCCAAAAGGAUUUUCGGGAAUUCAAGGUCCGUCAGGAGCUCCAGGAGAAAAAGGGAUUGCAGGAGAGCCAGGACCCCCAGGGAUACCAGGAACAAUAGGGCCUCUUGGAAACAUAGGUCCAAAGGGUCCACCAGGAAAAGUAGGAGACAUGGGAGUCCCUGGUGAACCAGGAGAGAAGGGCGCACUGGGAGCUGAAGGGAAUGCCGGAGCUCCAGGCGUUGUUGGACCCAGGGGAGAGCCAGGUUUAGAGGGUGAACACGGUCCUGCUGGUCCUGAUGGUGCUAAGGGUGAAAAGGGUGACAUGGGGCCAGAGGGUGAACCUGGUAUCAGGGGUGACCCAGGGAUUAAAGGCAAAGAGGGACCACCAGGAGACCCUGGACUCACUGGAGUCAGAGGUCCUGAAGGAAAGCCAGGGAAAAUGGGUGAGAUGGGAAAGCCUGGUCUCAAGGGGGCAAAGGGCAACAUGGGACACCUGGGUGAGACAGGAACAGUAGGGAAACCUGGACCAGUAGGAACCAUUGGACCAAAAGGCUCAAGAGGAACUACUGGACCAGCGGGUGCUCCAGGACGGAUGGGACAACAAGGGGAUCCAGGUCUAGCAGGGUAUGAGGGUCACCAGGGGCCACAGGGUCCUAUAGGGCCUCCAGGACCAAAAGGUGGAAAGGGCGAACAGGGAGAUGAUGGGAAAAUAACAGGUCCUCCUGGUCCCCCUGGACUUCGGGGUCGCACUGGUGACCGAGGUGACCGAGGAGAACCAGGAGAUCCGGGAUACCCAGGUCAGCCAGGGGUAGAUGGACUUCGAGGCAAAGUUGGAGCACCUGGAUUACCUGGUCACCCUGGACCUCGUGGACAACAAGGCCCCAAAGGAUCAAAAGGGGAGCAGGGUCAAAAAGGUAAACAGGGUCAACAAGGAGAACGUGGAAGUAGAGGAUCACCAGGAGUGGUUGGCUUGCCAGGUCCGAGGGGUGUGAUUGGUCGAGAGGGCCGGGAGGGCAUUCCUGGUGUAGAUGGCAUUCCAGGGAAGGAUGGAACUAAAGGAAUACAAGGUGACCAAGGAGAUGAUGGAGAGUUUGGGCUUCCAGGGAAACCCGGAGCCAGGGGGAAAAUUGGUGUUGCAGGUUUACCAGGAGAUCAGGGUUCCUUUGGGCCAAAGGGUGAACGAGGUCUCCCAGGUCAUCCUGGGCCUUCAGGGAAAAGAGGAUUUAAAGGAGGAAUGGGAAUGCCAGGAGCUCACGGAGACCCAGGACCCAAAGGGCAACCAGGAGACGUCGGAGAGCCUGGAUUUCCGGGGAUACUAGGAAUAUUUGGUCCGAAGGGGCCUCCAGGAGACGUUGGGCCAAAAGGCAUUCGUGGACCUAAAGGGCCCCCUGGCCAAAUGGGUAAAGUGGGUGUGAUUGGUCCUAUUGGUAUAAUUGGCCCAGGUGGCAGUCCUGGCCCUAGAGGAGAUUCUGGUAGCAGCGGAGCAAUGGGUGCUCAGGGGCCAAGGGGUGCUCCUGGACGUCGAGGACCUCCUGGACCACCAGGACCUCCUGGGAUUCCAAAAUCCUUUCAACAGGAUGAUAGUGGUGGAACGAUGUCUGAGUUCAUUGGUUCACCUGCUGCUUUUAAAACCAUGGUGGCAGAUCUAAUGGAUUUUCCCAUGGACCGAGCUCCAGACAUCUUACACACGUUGCACUAUCUCAAUUUGCUAGUUCUCAGUCUGAAGAAUCCACUAGGAACACGGGAUCAUCCGGCUCGCCUCUGCCGGGACCUUAUAACCUGCCAACACAAAUUCAACGACGGCACUUACUGGAUUGACCCUAACCUGGGUUGUCCCACUGACUCUAUAGAAGUGACAUGCAACUUCACAAGAGGCGGGCUAACCUGCCUUAGACCAAUUACUGUGUCCAAGCUGGAGUUCAGAGUCCGGUAUGUCCAAAUGAACUUCCUGCAUCUGCUGGCUUCAGGGGCAGAGCAACGUAUCACCAUCCACUGUCUUAACAUUACCAUCUGGAGCUCCACCCCUACUCAGACUCCUUCCAAGAAGGCAGUGAGGUUCAUGGCAUGGAAUGGAAUGACUCUGGAACCAGAAGUGUUAGAGGACACAUGCUGGCAACGCGAUGGCCUUUGGAGGAAUGCUAUCUUCCUGUUCAGAGUGACAGACGCCUCGCUGCUUCCCAUCAAAAACAUUGCUAAUCUGCCGAAAACCGCGUCCAUGUCACGCUAUCACCUGGAGGUCGGACCUGUGUGUUUCCUGUAGUGUGUGGUAUGCAUAUGAGUGUCCACUUCCUUGCACACUAUAACCGGCUGAAGCUACCCACGUCACAGCCGCUGUAGUAUUCAGCCACUGAUUGGACUGCAGAAACAGGAAGAAGGUGGUGUGACUGGAGCUUCUGGGGGAUUUAGCACUAUAAGACUGUGGAGGAGAAAUCCACCCACCUUCUGGCCUCAGAUGUCACAUGAGAGAAGACUCUAAGAAUAUGACCCAGUUUACAUAGGUACAGGACAUCCAGGCCAGGGAGAUUCUGCCAUGCUCUCUCUCUCUCUCUCUCUCUCUCUCUCUCUCUCUCUGUCUCUCUCUCUUACUCUCUCUCUCUCUGUCUCUCUCUUUCUCCCUCUCUCUCUCUCUCUCUCUCUCUCUCUCUAUUUGAUCUAUAUUGAAUAUUAUAAGUUAUUAUAAUGCUUGUCCUAAAUAAGUAUGCUCUAUUGUAGAGAAAAAUUAAGAAUUGGAAAAAAUAUCUAUUUAUAUAUAUAUAUUUAUAUAUAUAUAUGAGCUUUUAUACAAUAACAAUAUUAGUAAUGCAGAAAGUGCAAUACAGAAGGAAACUAUUAGAUGUUGAUUAAAUAUCAAGUGGGUUAACUUUAUGGAAGGUAUUUCAGGGGUACUGUCAACAAUCAAAAGUGUGUAAUUUAACAAAAUGUCAGACAUGGAGGUAGAUAUAUGCGUGUGUGUGUGUGUGUGUGUGUGCGCACGCAUUUUAAUGUGAUUGGUCAGGGAGAUUAUUCUUAAGUGCAGAUUUUGUGUGUGUGUGUGUGUGUGUGUGUAUGGGAAAAUGGAUAGAUCUCUUGACAGUACAUACGUCAGACCCACCUCCUCACAAUAGGGUCACCAUGGUUUAGUGGCAUUUCUCAGGCAUAAUGUGAGGAGGCCUGCAAAGGAGUGUGUUUUAUUGGUAGUGGGGCGUGCGUCCUCAUCGGGGCAUGCCUGCCACUCACCAUAGCAGCUGGAUAUUAUUUAAAGUGUUCAAGAACAGUGCUGAUUUUUUUUUUUAAAGUAAAUUUUGGUGCUUCGAAAGAAAAAAGUAGCAGUUCAUAAAAAAAAAAGAUGUUAAGCGUGUUGACAUGCUGCACAUUCAAGAUGCAACAGCUGCCAUUCAUUCCGAAAUCCUAGUUUUAAGGCAGAAAACACUACCAGAAAUUAGCUUAACAACGCUUACCUUGGUGCAUUCUGCAUACGCUACUUCACCUGCUGAAUCCGUGUAAGCUCAGAAACUCAGUGAGCACAGUGUUAAGAAACGACAUGGCAAUUUGAAAUGACAUUUUGUUAUAAAGUGUGCUUGAAUUAUUCGAUUCACCUGUAUGAAAUACAGUUUCUCCAUGUUAGUGGUACGACAAUGUUUUUGUUAAUAUUGUACAAUGACCGUUAUUUAACAGACACUUCUUUAUGUUUUUCGGAGCAACAACUGUCUGGUGCUUUAAUCCCGAUGGCAAUGGCAAUGUGAAAGAAUGCAAUACAGGAUGAAAAGGAUUUGCCUGGGUCCAGUAUGGCCACUGGUUUCUGAUUUCCAGGUUUCUAAAUCUGUCACUUAAAUGGCCACAACGGAUGCAACAACAGCUAGGCUGUGCCAAUUAUUUCAGAAUUCAGUAACAUUCUGUAAUCAGUUUAAUUGUUAAUGUUUUUUUUGCCCGGUAGGUCCUGUCUUGUUAGGACAAGCAAACUAAAACGGCUUCAGAACCUAGCUAUCUUGCUAAAUAUACAAUCUAACAAAAUGAGGAUUGGAAAAACAGACAGAAUUAUAGAAGGGAUAAAAGGGGCAUUUGAUUAAUUCACUAUGUGUUAGACUACAUUAGCACUAAAUUACUUAAAAUUGAUAAACAGAGAACAUAUAUAGCUAAAUCGGUUUAAUGGAUGUUAGUACACUAGAUUCUAAAACUUAGAAUUGGAGAAUUGCAUUGUCACUGAAUAAAAUAUUUGUGACUGGGCUUCAUGUCCUUGAAUUCAAGAUCCCUAAGGUAUCUAAAUAUCAGAAACACUAUCCAAGUCAGCUUCAAGUGAGUAAAGAAGGAACAUGCUGUGUGUGGUUAAGGGUUUUUUGUUCUGUUUUGUUUUAAUUUGUUUUGUUUUUUUGCUAAACUAUGUUUGCUCCAAGCCUGUGAAAUCGUAUCUGCACAGCAAAAAAAAAAGCUCUAUUAGUAAGCUAUCUGCUUCCUCUCUCUUUACAUAAUGUGUAUACUUACUCAAGCUUUCAUGUAUACAGUGCAUUCCUUUUUAGCUAAUUUAACCUAAUUUAAAUAGUAUUCAAAUGCUUGGAAAACAAAGAAGGUUGUGUUUUUUCUGAGCAGAAAACAUGUCCAGGUGACGUAUCACAAUAGCAUCCGUAACUAGUUGACAAAUUAUUUUUUUAAUCUGUAAAUUUAGGACUCCAAAGAAGGAUAUAAAUAUGUUAUUGUUGUUAAAACUAAUACAUAAUGCUUUACUGUUAUCUCUUUAUUUUGUCAUUUUGUUAUAGUUUUGUCUGAUUAUCAACUCCAUACUCUAUGGCAGUUAUUCUCAUCUUCAGUCCUGGGAACUCACUGUUCUACAGAGUUCGAAGUUUUCCCUAGUGUAGAUAUACUAUGUUGGGAUCAGUGAAUACAUCACACUGUGCCAAGCAGCUGCUCCGCUUGAGUGCAGCUGAGAACCCAUGCUGGUUUAGACAGCUUUUCAAAUACCUUAUGGCAGUGUGUGAAUUUUUGCAGGCAACUUCUGUGAAAUCCAGUUACCUCACUCUUCCUGACUUGCCAUUUUUGGGUCUCAUCUGUGAUAAUGUUGACCAUUUGCAUGUAAAUAUGACUAUAAAACGUGUCUUCUCCCACCUCGGCAAAACAUUGUCUUUUCAUCUUCUGUAUUUAUCAUUUUAUUUGCCACGCUUAUUCAUUGCAGUCUUACAUGCUUGGUUAAAUAUCUGGAACUAAGAGCUAACUAUUUUACAUACCCAAUAAAGAUGUUGUUACAUGCUUCAUCGUGUUCUGUAAUUGUUAGUGGCCAAUUUUUAAUGUAAAAUUG